AUGGGCGGGUACUUCUCCAAGGACCUGGAGGAGUGCCUGCGCAACGAGAAGAGGAACCUCAACAGGUCAAUCAGGGAGCUGGAGCGGGAGAUAUUUAAGCUCACCAACGAGCAGAGCAAAAUAGAAAAGAACAUAAAGAUAAAUGCCAAGCGGAAUGGAGACACCUCCACGGUGAGGACACUUGCAAGGGACUACAUCAGCAUUAAGAAGACCAUCGCAAAAUACAAUAAACUCAAAUCGCAUUUAUUUUCUAUGAAGGUCAAAUUGCAGAGUGUUAAGUCGUCGGAACAACUUGGGCGAAGCCUCACAGAAAUAAAUAGAGUCAUUAAGAGAGUAAAUGGCUACAUAAAACUAACCUCCUUAAAUAAAUCCAUUAAUGACUUUCAUAAAGAAAACAACGAGGUGUCCUUGAAGGAGGAUAUGCUCGACGACUUGUUCGAGGCGUUUGAUUAUGAUUCCCAAAUGGUUGCGGAGGAAGAAGAGCUCGUUACCAAGGUGCUUGAAGGCAUGGGCAUCCAAAUGAAUGCCAAGCUAGAAGACAUCCCCUCUCCUGGGGAACUUCCCAAGACGCAGGUGGACCACCUGGGGGUCUCAGAUUUGGAGGCACGCAUCAACAACCUCCGCCUAGGGAAGUCAUAA